UCUCCCGUACCAGCCUCCUCCUCCUCCAUCUAUCCCCCCCGCCCCGAAUUUCCCCUCCCGUUUUGCUCCGAGUUGCGCUUUAUUUGUGUGUGCAGAAAGGGGUGGGGGGGGGGGACGACUUGUAGGGGGGAUGUUCUGUUUUUGCCAGAGGAACAGUGCAAAAAGGGAGCCUCGGCUCGGAGAAAGUACCAGAGUAAAUAAAUAAGGAGCGGCCUUAAAAUAAAGGUAGCGGCAUAUCCCGGCAGCGAGAAGGCUACUGAGCUGUAAAUUGAAAGGAAGAUAAUUUCUGCUUGUGGAGGAAAAGAAGGGUGAAUAACCUCAAUGGAAGACUCUCAGGAUUUAAGUGAACAGUCAGUAAAGAAGCCGUGUCCAGAGUCCGAUGGUUCAGAGCCGCAGAAUCCCAGGUCUAUGGAAAUGCAGGAUCUAGCCAGUCCUCAUAAUCUUGUUGGAAGCAGUGAUGCACCAGGUAGUUCCAAGCUGGAUAAAUCUAAUCUCAGUAGCGCAUCAGUCACAACAAAUGGAACAGGAGGAGACAACAUGACUGUGUUAAACACUGCAGACUGGUUGCUGAGUUGCAGUACUCCCUCCUCUGCAACAAGUAUGAGAGACCUUGUGUCUCUUCUUGCAGUCAAAACAGAACCCAUGAACAACAGUGAAACAGCAACAACAACUGGAGAUGCAUCGCUUGACACUUUUACUGGGUCAGUAAUAACAAGUAGUGGCUACAGUCCCAGAUCAGCGCACCAGUACUCUCCACAGAUAUAUCCCUCCAAGCCCUAUCCGCACAUUCUUUCUACACCAGCAGCUCAAACAAUGUCUGCCUAUGCCGGACAAACCCAGUAUUCAGGAAUGCAGCAGCCAGCGGUCUAUACAGCCUAUUCCCAGACAGGACAGCCCUACAGCUUACCCACUUACGAUUUGGGUGUAAUGUUGCCAGGCAUCAAGACGGAAAGCGGGCUCUCACAGACCCAAUCUCCACUGCAGAGCGGGUGCCUCAGUUACAGCCCAGGGUUUUCCACCCCACAGCCAGGCCAAACACCCUACUCUUACCAGAUGCCAGGUUCUAGUUUCACACCAUCGUCCACUAUUUAUUCAAACAAUUCUGUUUCAAAUUCUACAAACUUCAGUAGUUCACAACAGGAUUAUCCGUCAUACACAGCUUUUGGCCAAAAUCAGUAUGCACAGUAUUACUCAGCAUCAACAUAUGGUGCAUAUAUGACCUCAAACAACACGGCUGAUGGCACUUCAACAUCAUCAACCUACCAAUUACAGGACUCUCUCCCUGGCUUGACUAGUCAACCAGGUACAGAUCUACAUUCAGGGGAGUUUGACACAGUGCAGAGCCCCUCCACGCCAAUCAAAGAUCUUGAUGAGAGAACAUGUAGGAGUUCUGGGUCAAAGUCUCGGGGUAGAGGGCGGAAGAAUAAUCCAUCACCCCCUCCGGACAGUGACUUGGAGCGUGUAUUUGUUUGGGAUUUGGAUGAAACAAUCAUAGUUUUUCAUUCGCUGCUUACAGGAUCGUAUGCACAGAAGUAUGGCAAGUUGUCCUCUCCAUUCACUCCCUCCUUGUCUGAGACCUCUGAGUUGAUUUUCCUACUGCCUUCUAGAGAGCGUGGAACAGAAACUCCCUAUGGAGAUCCACCCAUGGCAGUGACCCUUGGACUGCGAAUGGAAGAAAUGAUUUUUAAUCUUGCUGACACACAUUUAUUUUUUAAUGAUUUAGAGGAAUGCGAUCAAGUUCAUAUAGAUGAUGUUUCUUCUGAUGAUAAUGGACAAGACCUAAGUACCUACAGUUUUGCAACUGAUGGCUUCCAUGCAGCUGCAAGUAGUGCAAACCUUUGUCUGCCAACAGGUGUAAGAGGAGGGGUUGACUGGAUGAGGAAGCUGGCUUUCCGUUACAGAAGAGUAAAAGAGUUGUAUAAUACUUACAAGAACAACAUCGGAGGACUCCUGGGUCCCGCUAAAAGAGAUGCAUGGUUGCAAUUAAGAGCAGAGAUUGAAGCUCUGACAGACUCCUGGCUAACAAAUGCACUUAAAUCGUUAUCAAUUAUCAGCACAAGGAGUAAUUGUGUAAAUGUGUUGGUAACAACAACCCAGCUUAUCCCAGCACUUGCAAAAGUUCUACUAUACAGUUUAGGAGGAGCUUUUCCUAUUGAAAAUAUAUACAGUGCAACCAAAAUAGGAAAAGAAAGUUGCUUUGAACGAAUAAUGCAAAGGUUUGGCAGAAAAGUAGUAUAUGUUGUAAUUGGGGAUGGUGUAGAAGAAGAACAGGCAGCAAAAAAGCACAACAUGCCUUUCUGGAGGAUAUCCAGUCAUUCGGACCUCUUGGCUCUCCAUCAAGCACUGGAACUAGAGUAUUUGUAACUGUGUUCUAAAGCUGGUGAUCCUUUUAUAUAUAUAUAAAUAUAUAUAUAUAUUUCAAGUACACUGAAUUUUUAUGUGUGAUUCAAUGCCUCUGGCUUUACACAUAUGAAUUGUCUUAAGAAGGGAAGAAAUAUUUGGAAUUAAAAAUUCCAAAUUGAAGAAUUCAGAUUGCUGAAUGAAGUUAAAACAUUAGUGCUACGUAAGAAAGCUCUAUGGUCUUAUAUAUGCAACGUUUUUAAAUGAAUUAAAACUGUGGAGGUUGCUGGUACACACCAAGUGAGCCCUGACAGGAGUGAACAAAGGACUCAAACUGGCAAAGCACCAAAGCGCAUUUUCCAGCCAACAAGGUGGUGUUCAACAACAUUCCUCAAAAUGGGAUAUAUUCUCAGCACUGAGGUUUGAACCAGACUUUAGCCUACCUAACCCAAAAAAUCUGAAUUGGAAUGCACUCAGACUGUAUAAUGACAAUCCUGUCUAGACCUGUAAUUUGUGUAAAUUAUUGAUGAAAAUAAUUUACUGUGACUUUAUUAGCAGCUGAUUUUGGAAGUGGAUGCAAUUUUUCUUUCAUUUUUUUUUUGCGGGGGGCGGGCAGGGGAGGGAAAGGGCUAUAUAAUAUUGUCUCUUUUAUAAGUUUGGCAAACAGAAUGUGCAUAUGAUGUGUUGUGCCUUAAAGAGAAGACUGUGUUUGUGUGUUACAAUGUAAUUUUGGUUAAAAACUAUGUAGAUAAACAGAAAAACCUUUGUGAUAAUUUUUGACAUGACCAAAUUUGAAAUUCAAAGAAAUCAAAGAGCAGAGCUGCACCAAAGAAUUUAAGUAUUUGUUGCAGUGAGAAAAAAUAAUAAAGGAAAGUUUGUGUUUUUA